AUGUCCACCCGCGGGCAGUUCAACACCAAGAACCCGACUAUCAAGCGGAUAUUAAAGGAAGCUCAAGAACUCUCUGUAUCACCCUCCUCAGACUACCAUGCCGAGCCUCUAGAAACCAACCUCUUCGAGUGGCACUUCACAAUCCGCGGCCCACCCGAGCCAUCACCCUACGCCGGCGGCAUCUACCACGGUCGCAUAGUCCUUCCAUCCACGUAUCCUCUUCGCCCACCAUCAUUCCGCUUCCUCACACCUACUGGCCGCUUCGAAGUCAACCGCGAAAUCUGCCUAAGCAUAUCGGGCCACCAUGAAGAGACAUGGCAACCAGCAUGGGGCGUGCGCACCGCCCUCGUCGCGAUAAGAAGCUUCAUGGACACGGAUGCCAAGGGGCAACUAGGCGGCAUCGAAUGCAGUAGAGAUGCACGUGAGCGCAUGGCCAAAGACAGCGGAGCAUGGAAAUGCGCUGGCUGUGCCAAGAGCAACGCUGACAUCAUGCAAGAGAGGGAGGAGCUCGUCAAGGAGGUUGAGGAGAAGGAAGGCAAGAGGAAAGACGAACAAGUCCCGGAAGAGCUGAGGUUAGCUUAUCGCGACGAGCUGGGCAAGGAAGGAGAAGAGGACAAGAAGAUGGACAAGGGCAAGCAAAGGGCAGUAGAGAGUUCCGCCGAAGUCGCAUCGUCGGCCUCGCCAUCAGAACCUGCGGUAGCAGCAGCACCCACAAUCCCAACGCGACCCACUCCGGCUGCUCCUGUGGUGAGACCUACGAGGAGAAUGCCCGCGCAUCCACCUCAACAGGUUGCCCAACGCAGUCCAGACCUGGCCUGGAUCGAUACGUGUAUCUACGGAAUAGUGGUUGCGCUGUUGUUCAUGGUGCUCAAGAGGUUCGUAUAA